ACCCUACAACACCAAAUAAUUUAAGCCCUCAAUUCAAUCCCCAAGUAAAAAAGUAGGCUAAAUAAAUCCUACCCAACAAGGCCACUUCCCCUCCCCCCCUUGCAUUGCAAUUUACCUCCAAGUUCUUGGAAAUAAAGCAGGGAACUUUGGAAUAUAAUGUUUCUGGUCUAAAACAUACGUAGUGAUAGUGGGAGGAAGAAACAAGCGAUCAAGAACAACAAGAGGAAUCAUAGGGAGAGAUGGGAGGGGUAACAUCAUCAAUGGCAGCAAAGUUUGCUUUUUUUCCGCCAAACCCACCAUCAUACAAGCUAGUAACUGAUGAAUUAACAGGUCUAUUGCUACUGAGCCCAUUUCCUCAUCGUGAAAAUGUUGAAAUCUUGAAAUUGCCAACAAGGAAAGGUACAGAUAUUGUGGCAAUGUAUAUAAGGCAUCCUUUGGCUACUUCCACCUUGCUUUAUUCUCAUGGAAAUGCUGCCGAUCUGGGUCAGAUGUAUGAGCUUUUCAUUGAGUUGAGCAUCCUCUUGAGGGUCAAUCUCAUGGGGUAUGACUAUUCUGGGUAUGGGCAAUCGUCGGGAAAGCCGAGUGAGCAGAAUACAUAUGCUGAUAUUGAAGCUGCAUACAAGUGUCUAGAAGAAAGCUAUGGUACCAAGCAGGAAGACAUAAUCCUUUAUGGGCAAUCUGUUGGAAGUGGCCCCACGUUAGAUCUUGCUGCUCGACUUCCUCAGUUACGGGCUGUUGUUCUGCAUAGUCCCAUACUCUCAGGGUUAAGAGUCAUGUAUCCUGUUAAGCGUACAUACUGGUUUGACAUUUAUAAGAAUAUUGACAAAAUCCCACUAGUAAAUUGUCCAGUUCUCAUCAUGCAUGGAACUUCAGAUGAAGUUGUCGAUUGCUCCCAUGGGAAGCAAUUAUGGGAACUCUGUAAAGAAAAGUACGAACCACUUUGGCUUAAAGGAGGGAACCAUUGUGAUUUAGAGCACUAUCCGGAGUAUAUCAGGCAUCUGAAGAAGUUCAUAUCAACUGUGGAGAAAUCUCCUUCUCAAAGAUACAGUUCCAGGAGAAGUACAGAUCAGUUUGAGCAGUCACGGAAGAGUACUGAUGUCUUUGAGGUUUCAAGGAAAAGCACAGAUCGAAGAGAGAAACCAAGGCACAGUACUGACAGGCUCGAGAAACCAAAAAUUCAAUCUAAUCAUGUUGACAAGCUAGAAAAACUAAAAAAUCUGUCAAAUAAUGCUGAUAAGCUAGAAAAGUUAAGGAUGUCAUUUGAUCAAAUGGAAAGGUCUCGGAGGAGUGUUGAUUGCCAUGAGAAAUCCCGGAAAAGCAUCGACCACCAAUUGGAAAGAGCACGAAAAAGUGUUGACAGGUUGGAAAGAAUACGGACUGGUUGAUUCUCAAAACCAACUGUAAAAUUUACGCAUGGGUUUGGUGUUGUGGGCAAUUCAUUUGGUUUUUCUUUGCUAAUUUAUAUGGUUUUAUGGCUGUGUUGCAUUGUCUCUAUAAUAACAAUGGCAUGAAAUGAGAAAGGGUUUGUUGUUAUAAUGAUUUACUACA